AUGGCUUACAAUGGCUACACUGGCUUUGGUGAAGAUGUUAUGGAUGGCGUCGAGACAUCGGGACCCAAGGUGACAGUGAGAGAUGUCGAGCAAGACCGCUGUGACUUUGUCUUGCAAUCAUGCUCCCUUGCUCUCGCGAACUCCCUGCGUCGCGCCAUUCUGGCCGAAAUCCCUACCGUCGCUGUCGAUCUCGUCGACAUAAUUACAAACUCCUCCGUCCUCCCUGACGAAUAUCUCGCGCAUCGGCUUGCAUUAAUCCCCCUCGUGAGCAAAGGGGUCGGAGAAAAUCUUAAUUAUACGAGAGAUUGCGAUCGGUGUGAUGAUCACUGCGAAUACUGCUCGGUUGUGUUGCGCCUCCAUGCACGGUGUACAAGACCUGGUACGAUGAUGGUAUAUGCUCGCGAUAUGACCGUUGCCGACCCUCGUCAGGACGGUAUUGGCAUGCCAGUGAUCCGUGAUGUCAACGGCACCGGCCCUUUGAUUGCAAAGCUGAGACAGGGUCAAGAGAUUCAUCUGGAAUGCAUCGCAAAGAAGGGCAUUGCGAAAGAACACGCAAAGUGGGCCCCAACGGCAGCAGUCGGCUUCGAAUAUGACCCAAACAACAAAUUGCGACACGUUGAUUACUGGUACGAAACCGAUGCGAAGGACGAGUGGCCAGUUGACGAGCGCAAUGCUACCUGGGAGGGUGACGAGACGGCAGCCGAUGCCGCGUUUGAUCCUGAUGCGGUGCCGAGCGCCUUCUUUUUCGAUGUGGAAGGUGUUGGUACGCUCGAACCCGACGAUAUCGUGCGUGGCGGGAUCGAGGUCAUUCAAAAGAAGCUGGCCGAGACCAUCAAAGUGCUGGGAGGUGCUGAGGCAGCCGGAGUGGACGCAAUGAACGGCUUACAAAGCCCCGAUGCUUACGAACCUGCUCCUGCAGACGGAGGGUAUGGUUCGUAUGGUGCACUCAGGGGCGGGACAACUCCCUACGGCACGACUCCUUACGGCGCUGGUGGCUAUGGUUCUUACUAG